UCUCUCUCUCUCUCUCUCUCUCUCUCUCUGUGCUCUACCCUGUAUGUAUGUGUAAAAGCUGCCAUGUGUGGGUGUGUGCGUUUGUGAUAGAGACGACUGGGGGGCCGGAAAGGUCGAGGAGGGGGCGGGCGGCGGCGGCGGCGGGCAAGGAGGAAGGACCGGGUCUGGUAUUCCUAGGAAAGACGAAAUGGCGACGGGAGUCGGGACACACAAGGACAAGACAAGACAGGCCGCAGGCCAUGUAGGCGCGGCGCCCGCAGUGGAGACCCUGCAAUGUUGGACUUGGACUGAAGAUUAUUGUGUAUUCUACCAUGAAAGCGGGAGUUCAAGGCGCUACGUUUGCUCAGACUGGGCUCGCUCUUUUCUCUGCUUCUCUUGUAUUCUUCCUCAUCUUCUUUCGGACGAGCUCGCGCUCUUACGCCCUCGCGAUUAGAGAGAUCCAAUCCUCGCUAUUAGCCUCGCGCUUUUGCACAGGCCAUCGUGCAGCAUUAAGACGGGAUGACGGGAGGAAGAGGGACACGCUCAUCGCUGCGAAAAAGAAGAGGGCCGGGAAGGAGGGGCGCCUGCACCUUGCGAAUACCGUGCACAAUUGCUGCAGAGAUAAGGAGCAUCCGCACCCGGUCGUACAACGAGGCGCAAGCACGGCCCAAGGCACGUUCGAAGCCAUGAUCCUGCAGUGCCUUCCUGACUUCCAUUUACGCAGUACGUAUGUACUUCGUCGUGCUACCCUCCUCAGGCGCCAUGCAGCAAAGGCUACGACGGAUACGCAUAAGGACUGGGCUCUCUCAUCUCGUCCCAUCGUCACGAGCAAGCAGACGUCGUUUGCAGCACAUAUCAUCGCAGUGUUUUGUGGCGUCUCGUCUAGGCCCUCCCAUGUGCGGCUCGACCGUCAUUGUCGGCAAGUAGUGUACGCCUCUCCCAUCUAUCUGAAGUUCAGCUACGAUGACAUGCCAUUAUCUCCAAAGUCUAGGGCAGCCGGCCGAAAACUGACAGGUCGAGGCAUGUUAACUAGCUCAGCUCAACUGGGACGUGCAAUGUCCAGCAAGAGAAUCAGGAAAAUCCCAUACAACUCAAGACUCCAGUCAGUUAUGGAUACCGUGCUCCAGUUCGAAGCGCUGUUCCUUGCAAAAAAGAGACAACUCGCACACCUGAAAAGUGAGAACAGGUUGUGUGCUGUCUUGGCCAAGCCAGGAGAGGCAGCGAGCUAUGGGGCAUGGGGCAAAGCCGCAAAGGGCCUGUCUUGCCUGGCUGGCGAGCGCAGGGGUCCAAGACAGAUGGAUGGGCAAGGAUGGCCGAUGUUUGGCCCGUGCUGCGGCUACGAGUUCAAGAUUCGAAAAAAGAGUGCGAGACAAAAUCUUGAGCGACAGGCCGCAGAGCUUGGCUUGGCCGCUUGAGAGGUUGACAAGACUCCAGCGAAAAACAGAGAAGCGAGCUGGCCAAAUCCUCACCAUCCAUCCCGACAAAGGUACGUACUGCUCUAGUUUCUGAGGGUCAAAGCGGGGACAACGGGACCACGACUGGGGGCCGGGGCAGGGGCAGAUGAAAGCAGGAGCAAGGGCAAGGGCAGCAGCUACGGAGAAAGGGAACGAGGG